ACAAGCCUAACAUACCUACAGAGAGCAUCCCUAGACUUGUUGAUUGAAAAACAGAACAGGAAAAGAAAAUGGUGUUUAAAGUUAGAAAAGGCGGUGUCAGGUCAGGAAACACCCUACGCCGGGUCAACACCUAUCAGGCAAAAAGAUACGCUCGCCAGUCGUGUCUACUAGGCCGCACCAACCUCCCCACCCGCGGGAUCAACCAGCUAGUAGAAGACAACUCUGAGGAUGACCUAAUAGCCGAAACACUCGGCUCCACCAACGUGAUACUGUCCCUCAAUAAAAAACAAAGAUGGCGCCUGCCUGCGGAAGUAAACAGUAUGAUUAUUGGCGGGAAAUUUGAAACAGACGACACGAAAGUGUCGGUGAUCGAACGUCACAAACUACAAAGGAGGGCGAACUGCGUACGAUUCUCGUGUAAUCGGAGUCGGUUUAACCAAAAAUCGAGUAAACAAGAUCGGUAUUUUUGUUUCAAUGCCGAUUCUAUCGAUGUAGAAAAAUCAAACCGGAAAUUAAAACGCGAAAAGGCCGCGGUAUUAAAAAGAAAGACUAAAGCGGAACGAAGCAAGAGAGAUGAAACAACAAUUAAAACUUUGGAGUUGUUCACUCGUUCAGGGAAAGAUAACUCUGGACUUGCGAAGCCACUGAGCAGCACCACGCCUGAGUAUCGUUUGGAGGUGUUCUACCCUUGUCCGAAAAGUUGCUCUUUGGCCUUUAACCCCAAGUACACCGAUGUCAAAGCGGAGGUCAACGAGGACGGGACAAAAGUGGGUGUGACCAAGCAGAAAAAGAGAAAAAGGACAGUUAAAAGUUACGGUUCUUGGAUGAUGAGAGAUGAUUGGCAAGAGAUAGAGGAUGAUGUCGCUGCUAUGUGGCUAGAAAAUGAUGAAAAUUUGGACGAUUUGGAUGAAGAGAAUGAAUUAUAUGAAGAGCAAAUGUAUGUAAACUCAGGACAACGCUUUGAGGACAAAGAAGUAUUUGACAAUAAUAGUAAAGUUGAACUAAAUGAUAGCUACAAUUUUUCUGGAAAUCUAUUUGCGAAUUUAAUAACAGAAGCUGAGCUAGCAAGCCGCCUAUGCUCUAAAAAGAAACCCACAAAAAGCAAAAACAAAUCAAAUUUUGAAGACGGUUCAAAGUUUAAUACUAAAGGUCGAGUCAUCUUCACCUCGGAAAGAAAACCAAAGCAGUUCCGGUACCGCAGCAACAAACCCAGAGCUCCUAAACUGAGGAGAAAAGUACCAGAGAUGACUGGAAACGAGAUUAAGUUUCACAAUGCACGAGUCUUUAUGUCGGCUAGCGAGGUCUCUGUCGAGGAACUGAGAGCCAAGUUUGGGUCAGCGUACCACGAAGCUGAGUGCCAACCCAGGAGAUUCAUCCUAGACGUGUCCAAUGAUAUCCUUAAUAUCCUGACAGACUCACGCACGUAUUGGUCCAGCAAGGAGUUUACAUCGUACGUCAUGUUUACAUAUGACGGCGUGUAUGAUGAUGAUCACGACAUCUUUAAAGUGCAGUUCAAUUCCCUUCUCUGUACCGACUCUUGUAGAAUUCUCAAAGCCAUCCCAUUCCAGAAACAGACGGUGGAGACAGUAAUGGGGUAUAUCGUCAGCGUUCUACUGGACAUGAAAAACGAAGACAUUCUUGAUAUCAAAAUGACAAAGGUUAAGACUACAUCCCAAGUUGAAGUUAUGAACUUGAUCAUGAAUCUCAACGUCUCAUCGUUUAGUACAGAGGAAAAAGUCCAUUCUAAUAUUUUAUUAGAUAAAAAGCAAGACAAUAAUUUCUCUUACAGGCUGUUCAAUAUUGCUGAAUUCUCCGAAGAAGGUUUAUUUUGCGAUAUUUGUUACACGAAUGUAAACCCAGUUCAUGAAAGCGCGUCCAGUUUUACCAAACUUGAUGCCUGUUCUCAUAUUUUCUGUGACGACUGUUGGAGGAAACACCUGAGGGGGAGGAUGAAGGUCGGGGCUGUCAAGAUGGUGUGUCCGGGAUAUUUAUGUGACGCGGAGGUCUCAAGCGUGACGCUGUUGUCGUUCUUGCACGUGACGGAAGUGAUGACGUUACAGAGACGUAUUUUUUAGAUAAAUUUAGGAAAAUCAAACCAGGCGAAAUGGUGCCCGAACCCACAAUGUGGCUGUGUUAUUCAAGUCGAGGGUCGAGAUGGUGUUGAUCUAACCCCGAUGGAUGUGGUCUGUACUUGUGGGUACAGGGUGUGUUUCGUCUGUCUGUCAGACGCCCACUGGCCUGCUAGCUGUAAACAAGCAGCCGAGUACAAGCAGACGAUUCAAAAAAUUAAAGAAAAUGCAAGUGAAUCCACCAAAGCUGAAAACGAGGACGAUUUAUUCAUCGAGAUUGAAGGUCGGAUUUGCCCAGCAUGUGACAAAUUUAUAGAAAAAAAUGGCGGGUGCUGUCACAUGUCUUGCACGUGCGGGUUCAACUUCUGCUGGGAGUGCAUGCAACCGUGGAGCAUGCAUCGGUUAGACAACUGUAAACCAGACGCGUCCAUACUCAGAGAGUCAACCCAGAAGCUGAUCAUUAAACACAUCAGCGCUCAGAAAACAACUUCAGACCUCGCCAAAGUUUCAGGCAGUGGCAGCAAGGCAGAGGUGAAUGACCGAGCCACUCGCUCGAGUAAAGCCAAACUACGCCAAAGGAAAAAGUUGAUCCAGCGCGCGCAGGAGCAAAACGAGAAAUCGAAAGUCAGCUACAAACAGGAGAUCAGGAGGUUGUGCAAUCAACUGGAGCGUUACGUUCUGCAUAACGAACAACUGAAAAGAGAGAACGACCAACUGAAAAGAGAGAUUCUCGAGCUGUGUGAAGUGGACCCGAACCAGGUCGACCUGUCCUCGUCGUCCUUGACCCCUCACGUGACUCCCUUCCUCCAGUCGUGCCAGAGCCUGAUGCGUUCCCUGCAGCACAUCGCCGAGUUCUCCUUCGUGCUGCUCGUGGACGUCCCGCACGCCGUGGAGAAACAACGCUGCCUCAAGCUUGCCAACGACCUCAGCGCCCACAGCAGUUUCAUCCGGUCCGUGUUCGAGGCCGACUCACACCAAGACCCGAGGGCCGCUGUGCGAAGGUUGGCGGACAUCAAGGCGUGGGCGAGGCGAGCCUUGAGAACGGCGCUGUUCUCGGCGAACAAGCUACGGGGUUAAAGACGCUUCAAGGAGGAAAGAAAAGCAGGGAGGGGCAAGGGAGACGUGGAGGCGCACGGCGGGGAAGCAGCUGGCAGAGGCAGGACUGUCAUGGGGGACUGCCAGAAAAAUUGCCGGAGACCGACAAAAGUGGAGGGAGCUUCCUGUGGCGGCCCCAUGUGUCUUGGGCACACUUAAAAGAUUUUUGAUUUGUUUAAAUUUUGAACCCUAUUUGUACACAAGUUCCACUUAAUCAAGGGAGAUAAAUUCACUCUCAUAUAAAAAAAUAAGACAAAAAUUAAUACUAAAGCAAUUAUAAUGGUAAUUAUCUUUUACUUUUGCAUUGAAUAUGCAAAAUAUAAUUUAAAUUUUGCUUUUACCUUAAACCUUUUUUAGUAUCAGAAUUUGGAAUUAUAAUUUGACUCUUAUUUAAAUGAAAACCUGUUAGGUAAAUUGCAUUUGUAAUUAUUAAACAAUAGAAAUAUUUGACACGUCACUGAUUAUUAAAGAAGUCA